AUGGUGGUUACAAAUGAAAAGAAUGAGCUAAUUUCACUCAGACCAGUCACAGGAUGGAGAGUCUACAUGGAUUACCGCAAGCUAAACUCGUGGACUUUGAAGGACUACUUCCCAAUGCCCUUUAUGGACCAUAUUCUUGAUAGAUUGGCGGGUAGGGGGUGGUAUUACUUCUUGGAUGGUUAUUCUGGAUAUAACCAAAUCUGCAUUGAGGAAAUGAGCAUAUUUUCAGUGGUUGAUAUGUAUUUUGAAGAGAAACAGGAUGUAGUCAGAGCUGAACAGCUUAUGAUGGAGCCUUUAGCCACAGUUGUGAUGAACUAUGAAAUCAAAGGCAUUGAGGGGUAUGAAGAGAUAGUUUGUGCCCUGACUGGUCUGGGAUCGUAUUCUUAUGCUCCUAAAAAGCUUGACCUUGACCUGGCUAAUCAACCAACGCCGCUAGCCGAGCCAUCUAUUGAGGAACCUCCGGUAUUGGAAUUAAGGGAACUACCGGGUUACUUACGAUAUGUGUUUUUAGGGAAAUGGAGCAUGCUACCGGUUAUUAUUGUAGCUGAUUUAGAAGAACAACAGGUAAAUGCACUUGUCUCAGUACUUCAGAGGCACAAGAGAGCUAUCGAAAGGAUAAUUGCAGAUAUUAUUGUUAUUUCUCCUGGCAUCUACACUAUAGAUGUCUUCAUGGAUGAUUUCUCUAUGGUGGGUGAUUCAUUUGAAAUGUAUCUGGAGAAUUUGAAUAUGGCCUUGCAGAGAUGUGUUGAAUUUGAUCUACUGUUGGAGAAGGAAGUCAAAUUCCUUUUCGAUGAAGAAUGCUUGAAGUCAUUUGAGUGCCUUAAAAAGAAGCUUAUCGAGGCUCCUAUUCUUAUUGAACUCGACUGGGCAAAAUCAUUUGAACUAAUAUGUGAUGCAAGUGGUGUUGUGCUGGGAGAUGUAUUGGGAUAA